GAUGCCCCCAGCGCAUUUCGUUCCAAAUACGGGAAGCACAGCGCGGGACUUUUGCAUGCUGGAGAGGAAUAUACUUUCCCACUUCAAACUCGCACUCCUGCUUUCUCUGCUAUCAUCCUCUCUUCUCCUGCAUGCACGGCUCGUUCCUCAAGAGAGGGAAGAUUCUCAUUCGAGCCAAAUACCACUUGCAUCGGUUGAAUUCGCGGCAGCGAUCGCAGCGAUAGUCGCGGGUGUAUGGGAGUACUACACCGGUUAUCUGGACCUUAGGCAGACGAAAGCAUUCUUGACGGGAACGAGGAACCACCUGAUUCUUAUGGGUGGUGUUGCGGGUGUCGUUUUUGGGACUUGCAUCGUUCUCCUUGUCCAAGGAGGGUG